CCAUGCAGUGUCCUGGCCAUGGAUGAUGAGAAGAUCCAACCGAUGUGGAUAACCACCAUUGUACCGAUCAUAUGUCUUCUAUCAGUUAUCGAUCCGGCUGGUGGUGUACUGUGUCCUUUCGGUUGCAAAUGCGAGAACGAAAUAUUGAGGGCGAACUGUUCGGGAGCAGGAAUAGAAGUUGUGCCGAUCCAACUCAAUCCGGAACUUCACACGAUGGACCUCGCGAACAACAAGAUCGUCCAACUACACUACACCUUCUCGUUUUACGAGAAGCUCAUUACCCUCGAUAUAUCGCGGAACAAGAUCAAAUCCCUAGGGAACGGCAACUUUCGAACCCAACGCACUUUAAAGUACUUAAACUUGAGCAGCAACUUGAUAGAGUCGCUCGGCAAGGAAACGUUCGAAGGUUUGAAACAAUGCACCCACCUGGAUCUCAGUUACAAUCAACUGGAAAGUAUCGUUCCCAAUUCGUUUAAAGAGCUGCCGAUGUUGGAAGUGCUGAAGGUCAACGGUAACCAGCUGGAUUAUUUCGAGGACGGUCUAUUCGAAUCGAACACUAACUUGCAAGAACUUCAUUUGGACGACAACUCGUUUAUGGAAAUACCUGGCGCGUUAUCGGAUUUGCUCCGCUUAAAAUAUCUUUCGUUAUCCAGGAAUCUAAUCGAAACGAUCGAAGAGAAAAAAGUGCCAAAUUUACCGGAACUGCACACGCUCAUGUUAAUGCAAAAUAUUAUUUUCGAUAUAAAGGAAGCGGCGUUCGCUAGCUUACCGAAACUAGAUCGUUUAGAUUUGAGCGAUAAUAACCUCACGACUCUACCGACGGCCCAACUGGCGAAACUUUCGAGACUCACGAACUUGAAAAUCAGCGGAAAUUCGUUUCAAUCUUUGCCUGCAGUCGCGUUCAGAGGUCUCUUUCAUCUGAAAUAUCUCUCGCUGAAUCAGCUGGAAUAUUUGGAAUACAUAGACGGUCGGGCAUUCGUCGACAACAUUAAAUUGGAGAAAGUAAGCAUGGAUUACAAUAUCAAAAUUCGAAAAUUGCCCACGCGGCUGUUCCACGGCAAUCCGAAGCUGCGGUACAUAUCCGUGAGGUACAAUUCCAUCAAGACGUUGGAAGCUAGCCAUUUCCCGUUAGACCAGCUGACAGAGUUGAAAGUUGGAGGCAAUCCUUUGGAAUGCAAUUGUUCGAUGGGAUGGCUUUGGAAUUUGUUACGCGAAACGGAAAUAAAAGCUGGCACCAACUCCAGCCACACUGUGGAAACCACAACCCCCAAUCCAAUAUUUGCGAAGAAAACCAAUGAUUUGAAACUAGACGUUAACGACGUUACGUGUGUCAGUCCGGAAGACUUGAACGGGAAGAAAUUAAUACAAGCUAGUCAAAGCCAGAUGGACUGCUCGAUAGGGUGGGUGGCCAUUGUUUCGGUAUCGAGCACUCUAAUAUUCAUCUUAGCUAUAAUAGCCGGCGUGUUAUUUUUCGUACCAAAGAGGAAAACCAAAAAAGGAAUCGAGAAGGAACUACCGAAAAUCGUAAGGCCCUCUUGCUACAAUCUACCGCCCCCAUGCCCGCCGCCGAGGAAAGCGACACCGUACGAAUUCGGCCAAGUGGAGAAAUACAAACACGUGCCGCUGUGGGAUACGUAUGCACAGCAGUGUAAUGGAAGUAUGAACAUAUACGACCAAUUAAACGAUACCAGAGAGAGGCCUCACAUUGUCUACGUUUAAACGCCCUCAAUUUUAUGUACCAUAAGAUGAUUUCACCGAUGAGUUUCCUUAUUGUAACUCGUAAACAAACAUGUUAAAUAUUUUUUAAAGUAUUUAUACAAAAAAUAGAUAUUGUAAUAUUACAAAAAAAAAGAGUAAUAACGGGGGGCUUUCGUGAAUCAAGCAAAAUCAAUGAUGGCGGCAUGUCGUGCGCGCUCGGCGAGUUCCGGUCGUCUAACUCUCUGAACUCUUUGUCAAAUUACAUCGGCUUUCAAAUCGGGCGCCUUGCCUGACAAGUGAUGGUUCUUAUUUAUUCACCCCAAUUUCGCAAAACAGAAAUCCUUUUGUAUUUAUCUUGAGCCCUAAUUUUCUGCAACGCAUUUAUCUCGUUUUGGCGCAUACCACUUAACUUUUUAGAGAAGAGGCAAAAAGAGAGCCGUUGGAGUAAAAUACUGAGGCAAUAUAUCCUUCAAAAAGGGGGGUCGUAAGUCUUUUAUUAUUUAAAACCGGGAAAUAUAUAUCGCUCGAUAUAUCCUGGAUAAGUACACAUAUUGCCUAUAUAUUGUCCCGAGAUCAAAUUAAGUCUUGCUUUGACUCACCUCAUGAAAACUCCACAUUUCUCACACGGGAAGGUUGAAAAUGAAAUAACGCAUAAAGAAACGUGUUUCUUUUAUUGUGACGAUUAAAAUAUCUAUUUUUUUAAUUGUUUAUGGUGACGUGGUUAUAUGCGACGGAUGGGUAUACACAUCCAAAGGCCUAGAGACCAGCGUAUUUAACAAUGUUGAUAACAAAUACUAUUUUUGGCCCUAAUUAAAUAAUGUAAAUUAAACAAAUGAUGAUCUUCCAUGAUGAUGAGUUUCGCUGGACUCCAUUUGUUUUGUGUUGUACGUUGAAUUCGCGAUUGUGUUUAACCCGUUCCAAUUGUUAAAUAGUUUUUAUUUGCCGAUAUUUUAAUCAGUAGAUUAUGAGUUCAAGGUGCAAUAACAAAUAGUAUGGGGCUGUCAAGCGAUUGUAGAAAAUCCCAUUUCGGAGUAUAAAAAAACUUCUUGCAGGGACCUGUUUAAAAUGAAAUGUUCCGCCAAAGUCCAUAGAAAGUCGCUUCUGUUCGCGUAACAGUUUUCCAUUUUUGCAGGACCAUGGUAUACUAAAAAAUAUUUUCACACCUAUAAGCAUAUGUAUAAAUUAAACAAAGUUCAUGUAUUUAGGUUUAUUCGAAGUACUGUUCAUGUCCAUAUUUAUCUGUAUAUCAAGCUGUACUCUGUACUCUGUACCUAAAUAUUUCGUUAUAUGAUAUAUGUUACAAAACUUUCAAAUAAUGAAUAUAAUAAAGAAUAUACAA